AGUCUAGCAGGAUUGGAUGAUGAGUGAGAAGAUGUGGAGGUUUGGGGGACGGAAGAUUUUGGGAGAUAAAGAGAUGCAAAUCAGCAGAAGAGCUGUGAUCAGCGGAUAUGCGUUGUGUGGGGGUAUGGAGUGGUGUCGGCUACAGACCGGAUGACAUUGCUGAACUGUCUCAGUCUCCACAUUCUGACCGCCCUGUUACCGUGACAACCCUCGCUGAGGACACCAGCGGGACUCCGCCCUUUUUAUGCUCUCACCUCCCAUUCUCUCGUGUGCACCUGUACACCCUCUGUCUUUGGCAGUUGUGUAUUACUUGCUCCCUUCCUUCCCCUCUUUCCCUCUCCUCUCCUCUCCUUUCUUCUCUUCUUCUUUUCCCUUCCUCCUCCUUCUCUUUCUUCCCUCCCUUUCUCUCCUCCGAUCUUUUCCCUCUGUCGUGGAAGAGCCCCAGCUCGGGAAUUCCGACCCUAGGCCGAGAAGCUAAGAUGAGCUGGCUGAGUCGUAUAACUCCCAGGGGUCCGGACGGGCGGAACAGUCGGAACGUCGCCCCAUCCAGCCCGUGCACCGCCGACCCCGAGACGUGCCUGAUGGUGUUUGAGAACCAUUGGAGACAGGUGUCGUGGGUGUUGGAGCAGAGGGACUCCGUGGCUGGGGCAGCUGAUGAUUUGACCGCAGUGAGGAAUCACACUGAUCAAAUGCUGUGUCUACUGGCAGAGGAAAGACCAGCAGGGGGCGACAGGGAUCCACCAGCUCUGGGUCCUAUUCUGGAGCUGGUGGUGUCUGAGAACAUCCUGGAGCGACUGGUGCAGUGGCACGUACGCCGUGGUCUCGACCCUGACAGCCAAACAGCUCUGCUAAAGCUCUUUGAGAUGCUGAUUGGCCAAUCCCCUCAGCCCUUGCUCCAGAACAGUGCCGUGCUGCAGCCGCUGCUCAUCCUGCUGGGAGCCUGUGUAGACCCUCAGCUCGGCUGUCCUCCUAACCUGGAGGCCAGCCUCGUACUGCUGCUCAACCAGGUUUGUGUGUCCAUGGCGAGGCAGCCUGCUGUGUUGGAGCUGUUGUUCCGGUGCGGUACGAUACAGCAGGGUCCCACAAACCUGCUGAUCUUCUCUCUCCUGGUACCGUUUAUCCAUCGAGAUGGGGCUCUGGGUCAACAAGCUCGUGACGCCUUGCUUCUGGUCAUGGCGACCUCCGCUAGCAACCACGCCGUGGCCCGCUACAUCACCGAGAACUCCUACUUCUGUCCGGUGCUAGCGACGGGCCUGAGCGCUCUCUAUUCCUCUCUGCCACGGAAGAUUGAGGUGCGUGGUGAUGACUGGCAUGCUCUACGGAGGGAGGACUGGAUGGGCGUGUCAUCUCUGGUCCUCUUCAUGAACAGUCUGGAGUUCUGUAACGCCGUGGUACAGGUGGCACACCCACUCGUCCGCUGCCAGCUAAUCGACUACCUCCACAAUGGCUUCCUGGUACCAGUCAUGGGUCCUGCGCUGCACAAGUCAUCUGUGGACGAAAUGAUCGCAAGUACGGCGUAUCUGGACCUUUUUCUACGAAGCGUCUCGGAGAAGUCGCUCCUCAAGACCUUCCUUCGCUUCAUACUGCUGCAUCGUCAUGACAACGACACCAUCCUCGAUACACUGCUCACACGCAUCAGCAGCAACUCACGGCUAUGCAUGGUCUCUCUCAGUCUCUUCAAGACUUUGCUCUCCCUCAACUGUGAAGACCUCAUGCUCCAGCUCGUUCUCAGGUAUCUGCUGCCUUGCACACACGUGAUGCUGAGUCAGCGGCGCGCAGUCCGAGAGACCGACCUCUACGGCAAAUCAGCCGAUAAGUUCCUGUCUCUCAUCCCAGAAUGCUGUCGAAUCACCACAGCAGCCUGUAAUGAAAGGGAGGAGGAACCUGCCUUCUGGGGCAAGGUGUUGGGUAGCCCUACUUCAGAGUCUCCCGUUCACACCAAGCCCAGCACUCCAUCCCGCUUGGCUCUCUUCAUUCGGCAGCAAAACACAGGCAACCCGUCCUCCACCGCUGCUUCUGACAACACUCCCUCCUCUCCUCGGGGCAGCAUUUCCACACCAGCCCCCAACAGUCCCAUGCAUCAGCCUCCAGAUGCUUCAGAAGCUGAGUCUGGUUACCUGGAGUACCUCAGAGAUGCACGGCGGGGCAUCGAGCUCUGCUCGUGGGCCUGUCGGGACUGGUCGGCACCUUACGAUGGGGAAAACCCUUCCCCCAAUUCGGCGCCACCUCCACCACCGCCUCCCACAUCCAACCCAUCUCUCAAUAUGGUGCCUGAGCACUUCUCCAUGCAGCAAACCGGGCUUAAAGACAUCCAGCAAAGGGCGGCCACGGUGGCAGCAGCGCGUGCGGAAUGGAGCAGCUCCGAUCGAAACAGUGGAGAGUGGGAUGUGACGAUCAGUAAGAACUGCAUCAGCCUCACACCUCGCAGCAAGAAACGAAGCCUGUUGCCCAGUUCUGUCUCUCUGCAGCCGUCAUCAUCGUCCUCGUCCUCAUCAGCGGUUCCCCCGUCAGGGCCAGGAGAACCUGCAGGGCACCAACCACACACACUUCCACACCGAGCACUCUUUAACGGCACUGGACAGGCGGACGAGUGUGCGGAUAUGUCUGACAGAGGGAUGGAGGUGAAGAAGGUGAAGAGAGAUGCAGAUGCUAGUGGAGGAGUGGAAGAAUUAGGCGUGAAUGGAAGGGUGGGGAUUGUAUCUCCAGAAUCCAGUCUUCCUUUGCAGAGAGAGUAUAGUUCGGUGACGAAGCCAUCUCAGGUGCAAUCUACUACGCUUCCACAGCCACAGACAAGCCCAGCUGGCUUACAGUCCUCAUCCCAGGAGUGUAGCUCCAGCGAGGGAAAAAGAUCUACUCCAGCCUCGAGCUCAGCUGAAACUUUCAUCACCACGAGCUGCAGUAGCCCGGGACCGGAGUCGGUCGAGAGCCUGAUCGACGAGCUGCUAGAACAAGCGCCGUCUGAACCGCUGUCCGAAGACGCCAACGGCCAGGGCAUCAGCAUCGAAGCCUUCCACCAAGAGCUAAGAGAACUAGAGGAGCGAGUAAAGGGAAGGAGAGUUCCCAAACGAAGCACUGACGAGUUCAUACAAGAUCCGUUAUGUAAUCCCGCUGAUCCGAACCGGCCCGAUGAGGAGUGCCCUUCGUUGGAGACCGAGCAGGGAACUGAAGAAUCAAAGCCUGAAAGCUCCACUCCAGCCAUGUUUAGCCCAGCACGACCCCUCGGACAACCUCAAGCACAACCAUACAUAGGUCCCUUCUUGACGGUGCUCUUUUCGAAGCUGGAGAACAUGGUACAGAAUUCCUUGUACGUGAACGUUCUGCUGACGGGCAUCGUGUUUCAGCUCGCCUGCUACCCUCAGCCUCUCCUCCGCUCUUUCCUCCUGAACACAAAUAUGGUGUUUCAGCCUAGUGUCAAGUCUCUCAUACAGGUGCUCGGAUCUGUAAAGAAUCGUAUUGAAGCAUUCGCUGCAGUGCAGGAGGACUUUCCAGCUAUGCUGAGGAAGGCUCGGCGCUUUCUCGUCACGCGAGGCAAACUAGACUGGACGGAGUCGAACGCGGGAGUACCCCCUCUGCGUCGAUCGGACUCGAUGGUGAAGAGUCGGAAGCCGUCACUGGGCGAGCUGAUACUGAGGCAUACCAACAGUCCGACGCGGGCACGUCACGCAGCUCAGGCGGCUCUGGCACACGUGAGGGACGGUAGCCAUUCUCUACACAGUGCUCUGUUCCGCGGCGUGGUGGCCGGACCUGGGGCUUCCAGCCUGGAGAAACAAGCGGAGGCGCUGCGGGUAAAGAACACGGUUUACUGUGCUGUCAUUUUCUCUGAAUUUCUUAAGGAGCUGGCAGCUUUGGCACAGGAGCAUGCAGUGGCUAUGCCCUUCCCACCCAGCCAAGGCACCGAGGAGUGACGAGCACCGUACCCAUUCUUCCUACGGUUUUUAAAAGGAAUAAGAAAACUCAGCAAGCGUGUAAGGAUAGGUGUAAUUACAUGUUUAUAAUAAACACAUUUUUUUUUAAAAACUGUACAGGAUAUGUAAGAGCUUAAUUGUUAAAGCUUUAGAAAGUUGUCCAUAUAAAUCUUGUAUAAAUUCUAUAUAAAAUGUGUAUAAUGUUUUUACACGGUAUGCUCCGAGCGAAUCGCUUUAACACGGCUGUACACAGGCACUCCCUAAAGUAAAACGUUGGUGUUAUUUCACUACAUAUCUUUUUCUUUUUCUUUUCUUUCUUUCUUUUUUUUUUUUUUUUUAAAUGUAGGAGGCAUGCUGCUGUGAUCUUUUUAUAUUAUUAGAUCUGUACCGAGUGAUUCUAAACAAGGAAUCUACUGAAAAAGAAAAAUGUAAACAAAGCUCUGUACAACCUGCAUAUUUCUGUUACUUGUGUACAUUUAUAUAUGGAAAUGGUUUUCAUAAUGUGGCUUGAUCGUCAAUAACCGUAAAUAAGGGCCUUGAUAGCUGGCCUGAACAAUUACUAUGUACAAAACCUGUUCAUCCAAACACAGUGAGGGGGAAGGACGACAUGCCAGUGAACUCGUGCAGCACCUUCCCUUUAAGUAUAAAUCUCUGAGUCUCGUCCAAGUAGGAAUACGAGUUUUUUUUUUUUUUUUUUUUUGUUUGGUUUUUUUUUUUAAAACAGGAUUGGUGUGAAUAAGUUAAAAAUAUACAUCUAUAACAAUGUUUUUUGUCCUAAAAGCUGCAGUUGCAGAACUAACGUGGAGCACUGUCCAGUUAGCUCUCGUGACCGGUGCAGCAUUCUACUCGCUGGAAUCUUGGGUGCGUUUGUUGUGUAUUGAGACGUAUCGAGCGUUUGAAACCGGGUGCACGAGUCGCCUGGUAAAGCAUACACAGUGCUGUUAGAUUUUCAAACAAAAUACGACGUAAAGCAAAGGCAACCCGAGUAAAUACAGGUCAUUUAUUGAAGAAUAAAAAAAAAAAGUUAUCCGACCCUGAUCACCGAUAUGAAAACUAACUCCGCCCUGUGGCAGCAACAACCGCAACCAAUCGCGUCUGAUUACUAGAGAUCAGUCUUUCACUUAACUCUAGGACUAGGAUUUACUCCGAUGCUUUGGAUGGUUGUCUCGCUGCAUAAUCCAGUCGCGCUUGAGUUUCAGCUUACAGACUGAAGACCAGAUAUUCUCCUUUAGGAUUUUCUGGUAGAGAGCAGAAUUAACAUUUCUCCUCAAUUACUGCACGUUGCCCAGACCCUGAAGCAGCAAAGCAUCCCCACACCAUCAGAGCCUUUCAGAUAGCUUUGUAACCCUUCCCAGACUGAUGUAUUUCAAUUUCAACUUCUUCCUCAUCAUUUCUGGAAUUUCUUUCAACUUUGGCACAUAGUGUGUUACUGAGGAAGAUCUUUUACCCAACGUCCUGCUGCUGAAAAAGAUCUAUUUAAGUGUUGAUGUGAUUGAACAGGGUUUGCAGUAAUCAGGCCUGGGUGUGUCUAGUCCAGCUGAACCCCAUUAUCAUUGCGAUGGGGGGGGAAUACAUUUUCACACAGGCCCAGUUGGUAUCGGAUAGCUUUUUUGCUUCAGUAAAUAACGUUGUUAUUAUUUAAAAACCGUGUUUUGUGUUUACGCUGGUCGCCUUUAUUUCAUCUUCGAUUUCUGAGGCGGUUUAUUAUGAGACCUACGCAAAAACCGAAGAAAUCACAGCACUGUCGUUUUGUUAUUUAUAUAACACGGAAAACCUGAACAUGAAAUGAAUACUCUAAAAGCGACUCAUGUAAACACCUUAAUCAGAAUAUUAUACGUCUUAUUCAGAAUAAUUAGAUUAUUACUUUAUUUUUUGUUGUUGUUGUUUUUGUUAAAAUUCUGUGGCUUGAAGAGCCAAUGCUAAGCUACUGAAUGACAUUUAAUCCCGAUUGUAAACCCAAGGCCAUUACCGUCAGUCACAAACGUAUCCACGGUUUCAGUGAGUAGUUUGAGCAAUAGGGGGAAACCUGGAGAGGUGGGCAGUCGAGCGUGAUCAUCUCCGAGGGUUCAGAAGAGGUCACAGGAAGAGCAUACCAUAAUAGAGCACUUCGUGCUCCACUUUUCACGUUCCUAUUGUCAAAUGAUAUUUUGUUUCAAGUACAGCAAGUUGAAUAUACUCUGAGACUGGAGGCGGUCAUGAGAGACCGUGCGGAAUGGCACAGGAAGUUGACUGGAAGGAGAAUAACGACAGGAGGAGGAGGAGGAUAACUGUUGCAACAGGAGAAUUAGAUUUUUGAAAAGGCACUGAUCCUUUACUGGUGCUCCAUUUAGUUUCUGAAUAAGUGGGCCGUUUAGUUUCCCCACUGGCCGGUUUCGUAGAUGACGAGACCGUCAGGUUUUAGGCGAGUUCCAGCCUGUGCAGGGAAUGCGCCGUGUUCAGAGGAGCAGAAGCCAUGUCAGUGUUGCAGCAGGCAGUAGAGUUCACUGUACGUGUUUUAGUUUAUUAUUUGAUUAUUUGAUUUACCUCCCCCCCCCGGAGACUUUAAUAUUCAUUAUGAAAGUACUGCAUGUGCUAGUGUGUGUGUGUGUGUGUGUGUGUGGGUGGUUCUCCAAAUUAAUAUCGUUUUUUUUUUUUUCUUCUUUGAAAAUAUGUACUGAUUCUUUCUUUCUUUGUUUUUGUGCUAUCGAUAUUUUUUUUAUUUUUUAUUUUUUUAUCCCCCCCCCCCCCCCCCCAAACUGUUCACAGCCAUAGAGACAGUCCGUCACGCUUUCUUACGCGUCUCAUACACUUACUUUUAAUGUCCUGUCCACUUGUACACAAUGUACCAAAAUCAUGUUAUGGUGGUGUUCCAUUUAAUGGAGGAAAACACACACAAAAAAAAAAACCCCACAGUGACAAUUUUUUUGUUUUGUUUUCAGACCUGUAAAUCUGAAUGACGUUUCAUUCUGAGUCGUAACUUGUACGUGUAUAUAGAAACGCACAAAAUGCUGGUUAAAUUAAGAAGAUGGGUGCAAACGUCGCAGCUUGGUCUCGGUGCCGGUCCUCUAUCGGUCUGUCCGAGGGGGACGUCUGUCCGAUCGCUACCCGUCACGACAAGCUUUUCUUUGCACGGACUUUGAAUUGUUCCAUCGGAGCGUUUGCUUUCCAGAGACGCAUCGGAUAUUCUCCGAGUCAGGAGUUAUACUUGUGGUUGAGCAGAACAUCUGUUCAUAUGUUUGAGCACUUAAGCAUCAAGGUCACAUUUUGUGGUGUGUUUUUUUUUAAAACAUUUUUUUAUUUUUAUUUUUGUUUUGGGGUGGUGGCAAUAUGGCAUAUGUUUAAAUACGCAUUUAAAAACAUGAACUGGCCUUUUGUUUUGUUCAGGAUUUCUAAAAUGUGUCUUAUAUGCCAGGAUCUUACCGAGUCGUCACUUUUCGAGGUGCUCAGAGUUGUUGACGGGAGCUAGGAUUUAUUUACCAGUCGUGCUCUGCCAUUGGCUGUGGUUUGUGUAAGCAUGUACGGCAUGUAUUAAAGUGGAGAGGUAAAUAUUAAAUAGCUAUUUUAGGAACAACAUCAGGAGCUGCGGUGCCAAGUAUUGCCUAGUAAACAGGUUAAUGGCCCCCUUUGAUGUUUUACUGCUAGUUGGAUCUAUAAAAAUCAAUAAAGACUUAUAAACAGGGCACGUUUGUGUGUGUACCCUGGAAAAGUGUGUUGGAUUAGCUAUGCCACCGUUUUGUGAGGCUGCUCUAGUACACAUGGUUCCAGAAGGUUAGAUUAGACCCGUAGGAUAUAAUCGAUAUUUUAACGCUGACUAAAACUAAAAAUAAAAAAAGUAAAAAUGAUGCUAGAGUAAUGAAGCUUUUAACAGAGUAAUCGCUUGUUCUCGGACGAUGGCCGUAGGACGUUUGGGGAAAUUUGUGUGUGAAGUUAAUGGAACAUGGAAAGGAUUUUGAAGUUCAUUUUUUUUAAAAUAUAUUUUUAAACGAAUCAAUUAUUGUUCAUUUCGUUCUUUUUCUUAUCUUGGACGUUUGUUUUUUUUUCUUUUUUUCCUCUGAAUGCUGAAGUGUCUGUGUUUUUGCGGCUUGGUAUCUAUGCAAACCCGCUCCUGUUGCUCUUGGUCUGAAACGGUUCAGCUUUCGUGUGCACACUGUAACGCUUAAACUUGGGGAAAUUCACCAAACGCCACCUUUUUUUAUUUUUUCUUUUCUUUUCUUUUCUUUUUGUUCUUUCUUUAACUAUUCACAGAAAUGUAUGGGGAGAAAAAAAAAUGUAAAAUGAUGAUGAAUGUUGCCCGAAAUAUUUUUCUAUAUAAAUCCAAUUGAGCUUCAAUCAAUUGAGGGGAAAUCACCGGUUUCACUUUAAAAUCUGUACAACACUAAAAAAGGGAAUGUUUUUUUUUAUUAUUUUUAUUUUAUUUUAUUCAUUUAUAAAUGUUUUACUUGGCAAUA